AUGGCCUCUACAUUUAGUAGCAUUCGUCUUCUACAGAGGACAAAAUAUGGAACUACAAAUGCCAGAAUAUUUACUUGGAGUAGAGGCUGUCACACGGACAUCGCAUGUAGAAGAAUGGUAUUUCAAUCAAGCAGAAGCUCCAAGGAAUUCCUGUCUGGUGGGCUGCAAAUAUCAAGGAUGUUCUGCAGGUCCAAAGCACAGAUUAUCUCAGGAACCAAACUUGCCAAAGAAAUUAAAAAAGAGAUCAAGAAGGAUGUAGAAUCCUGGUUGUACCUUGGCAACCAAAGACCUCAUCUCAGUGUGAUACUGGUGGGAGACAACCAAGCAAGUCACACCUAUGUCAAGAAUAAGAUCAAAGCUGCAACUACUGUAGGAAUUUCCAGUGAAGUUUUACUUAGACCCAGCUAUAUUACUCAG